AUGAGGCCAACCGCUAGCCGGCUGUUUCGCGCAGUCGGUGUAUUGGCCCAUGAAAACCCUCUGGGCUUGCCGAGAGCCGGGACGCCUCCCCAUUGGCCAAAAAAACCAUUGAAGCGCAAAAUCUCAGGCGUAGACAAAGUUAUUGCUGUGUCAUCUGCAAAGGGUGGUGUUGGAAAGAGCACGGUGGCAGCAAAUUUAUCCCUAGCAUUUGCAAGGCUAGGGUUCAGGGCCGGUAUCCUGGACACUGACAUCUUUGGGCCAUCUAUACCGACAUUAUUCAACUUGACUGGUGAACCCAGGCUCUCGAAAAAUAAUCAGCUUGUUCCGUUGACGAAUUAUGGAGUCAAAACCAUGUCAAUGGGCUACCUUGUUGGGGAAUCGGCGCCUGUGGUGUGGCGAGGGCCCAUGGUCAUGAAAGCCAUACAACAGCUCCUCCAUGAAGUCGAUUGGGGCGGCUUGGAUGUGCUCGUUCUGGACUUGCCACCCGGAACAGGCGAUACUCAACUCACUAUAACACAGCAAGUCAUACUUGAUGGUUCCGUCAUCGUUACAACACCACAUACCCUAGCUACAAAGGACGCUGUCAAGGGUAUCAACAUGUUCAAGGCUGUCAACGUAGACAUUCUUGGGCUUGUACAAAACAUGUCACUGUUUACUUGCCCGCACUGCAAUGAGGGUACACAUGUGUUCGGGUCGAAUGAGAGGGUUGAGAAGAUGUGCUCGGAGCAUAGCAUCGAAUUUCUUGGCGACAUACCACUACAUCCCAAUAUCGGAGACCAUGCAGAGCAGGGCAAGCCGACAGUGGUUGCGGAGCCGGAGAGCGAACGAGCUGCCGCGUUUCUGAAUAUUGCUAAAAGCAUUGUGCCAAAAAUUGAAAUGCAGGAGCGCUAG